AUGGGACAUAGUAGGAAACAAAAAUUACAUAAAAUUGUACAGCACGUUUUGCUUCAGAUUAUUAUUCAAAGUGAACCAGAAAAAAUUCAAAGUACACCAAACAGUCCUAUCCAGAUAAACCAAGAUCAGAAUAUACAGAUAUUCUUAAUGAAGAGGAAGACAUUUCAAGUUAUAAAAGAAGAAUUUAAUUCAGGAGAUGAGAUAACCAGUCACUAUAAUAGAAAUCAUCGAAUAAUUAAUGAUAUGGAAAGAGAAGAUAGAAGUGUACAAAAGAAAAUUCAAUCAAAUGUCUAUGAUCAUUCAAAAUAUCCAAAGAAAGAUUAA